AGAAACAGGCUGUAUGUCUAUACAGAAUGCUAUACCAUCAUGGUACCAUAAUAACGACUUAAUAGUUUACUCUGUGAGACUUAGUUUAGAGUUAGAGGAAAUUUGCAGAAAAAAUGUCAUCAUGUGAAAUGUCAUUCGCUGUUUACAGUACAUUUUCUUUUCUUCACUAUAGAGGUUAAUUAAUGAUUUUAUUGAAAGAUUUAUAAUUGUUCGAAGAAUAAUGUUUGAUAGCCUACAUAAUUUAAUAAUAUGUUGUGGUUGAGAAACUCAUAAAUACCACAUGGUCCUUAUUACAAUAAAAGUGUGGUGUCCGGACCGUCCCCGUAUGCAUAACAUCACAUUUUCAUCUAAAUUAAAUUAAUGACUAGUAAGAAAUUGUAUUUUAUUUGCUGGUACAAGUUCAGUACUCUAUUAUAUAAAUUUGGUAUCAGCAGCUGUUUUAAAACACAUAAUCAUGUCUUUUUACUUAAGCGUCUGCUGCGGAGCUCCAGUAGAAAUAACUAUAUUAAUUGUGUAUCUGGCGUUUUCACUUCUCUCUAUACAAGGGAUAGUCUUCGCAGAAUAUAUACUUUUGUUGGAACUUAAUUCGACAACUGAACAUAUAAAAACAGAUUACACUCAGAAAUUGGUGGCAAACUGGGCAACAAUUUGUCUUGUUUGCCAGUCUCUGCCGGCUAUAUUUAGUACGUUAUAUAUUUCAACAUGGAGCGACCGCGGCGGCAGAAAAAUUUCGAUGAUACUUCCAACUCUAGGAAUGCUAGUGUCAUCUGUCAGUUUCAUUUUCAUGUACGUAUACGGACUACCAAUAGAGUACAUUCUUAUCGGUAACCUAUCAAUCGGUUUGACGGGAAACACUAUUUUACACCGAUCUGGUGCCGGUUCCUACAUUAGUGAUUUGUGUACCCAAGAAAAUCUAACCCUCCGUAUGUCCAUACUUCUUGGUAUCAGUUUCCUUGCAAUUACCCUUGGACAAUUAUGUUUUUCCAUAUGGAUAGACGCCACUGGAUUUCUACAGCCUUUCAUAUUCAUGACAGUUUUACUGGCUUUUUCGAUUUUCUACAUCGUAUGUCUGAUGAAGGAAUCCGUUGAUCCGAGUCAAAUGCAGCAAUCAUUCUCUUUCAAGGAUGUCGUAGCGGACAUAAUCAGUGUCAUAUCGAGCAAUAGAAAUAACCGUCGCAGUUUAAUGUGGUGGUUGAUGAGUGCUCGUAUAUUGAACUCCAUCUUGGUAAAUUCCCUCGAAUUUGGCUUACAAAUGUACUCUAUUGGCCCGCCUCUGUACAUGUCUACCAGUGGCGCCGGUCAAUUUACCUCCGCGUACUUUCUAUCAAAUACAGUUGGUAAGAGAAUAAUUAAUAACAAUGCACCAAAAAAAUCAUUAUCCCAUUCACAUUCUAACCUCACCCUUUGACUAAAGCAAUGUUUAUGAUGGUUUUAUUAUUUAGCAUGAAAACAACAAAUGGGUACGGUACUUUAAAACACAUAUAUUACAAUACAAUCUUUUUUAUUUAUCAAAACAUCAAUAUAAAACACGAUAACUCGUUUAAACGUCUCUAAACAAGUUACACGCCAAAGUAACUUGCAUCCUGGCGCCUCCUGCCCAUAUUCAUUUUAGCUUCAUUGUAAUUAAGACACAUACACUGUUGUUAUAUGUUUCUUAAUAACGAAUUUCAUCAAUUUUGUCUUUAAUAGUAUUAUUAUAUUUUCUAUUAACUUCUUGCAAUAUUUUAUGGAAUGCGUGGAAAUGAAGCGAUAUUGAAAUAUUUUAUUGAUCUACAA